AUGGAUAUAAAUCAGCUUGAAAAAUUGCGGCCUGUUGGUCGAUUGGAGCAAUACUCCACCGCGCGUAACCCCCUCGGGUUCUACUACAAUGUUGCAGUAGCUGCAACAUAUACACUUCCUGGGUCAUCUCUUUCGGUAGAAGACUAUGUUUACAGAGCAUGCGAGGCAGCAAUUGACCAGCAUCCGAUUCUUUCUGCCAUCCCUAUUGGUGAAGAUACGAAGGAGCCUUAUUGGGCACGUCUUCCGGAGAUCGACCUGGAGCGUUCAGUGUCUUUCCGAAAUCGCAGUCAAUCUUUUCCAGGUGAAUAUGAGAAAGACAAUGAACUAGAGAAAUUGAUCAAUAUCCAGCAUAAUACGCCAUUUUCUCCGCCGCUUCAGUAUUGGAGGGUUUGUGUUUUGCUUGAUGCGGGGAAUGAGCGCCGUUUUACAGCAGUUUUUAUAUUCCAUCAUGCAGUUGGCGAUGGUACUUCUGGAAAGGCUUUUCACAAGACGUUCCUAGAGGCGUUACAUGCGGCUACUGAAUCGCCAGCGGAAACGCGGCGAGUAAUUCCAUCGCCUGUGAUGCCACUUCUCCCGAACAUCGAAGAGAUCCAUCCGAUGACCCUCACCAUCCCAUACCUUGCUAUCACUUUGUUCAAAGCGAAAGUUUGGUCUUGGAGGGAUCCGGGACUAUGGACAGGAUCAGAGAUUCGUGUCCCACUUGAGACGCAGAUGCGCCACAUUGUCAUUUCCAAGUCACUUGCAACAUCUUUCAGACAUGCUUGUCGUCGAAAUAAUACCACCAUAACCGGGGCUUUGCAGACAAUCGUCUCCCGUGCUUUCUUCAUACACCUACCCGAUACCUUCACGAUGAUCAAAUGCGAUGGUCCCCUCUCUUCCCGGAAAUUCCUCCCUGACAUUGUCACCGAUGAUUCGAUAGGUGUCUGGAUACAGGAUUACAAUGAAUAUUAUUCACGCGACAGCGUCUUGGUAGAUUCCUUUCCUUGGAGCGAAGCCCAGCGAUCUCGAAGGACAAUAGAACACACCUUAAGCCUCCAGGGCACGAACGCUUCACCAAACCUCCUCAAAUAUGUCAACGACAUCCGGCAAGAGCUGUUCCUAUCCAAGAUAGGAAAGCAACGAGGGUCCAGUUUCGAAUUGUCAAACAUAGGUAUCUUUGCACCCGGCCUCAAAUCAAAUGAUGAUCCUUUGAAACCGCAGGUUGGCCGUAUGGUAUUCUCUCAGUCUGCUAGUGUUACGGGAUGCGCUAUUGAGAUCUCGGUCAUUUCGGGUGGUGAUGGAUGUUUGGUUUUGGCAUUCUCGUGGCAAACAGGGGUCAUUGAGGAGGGAUUGAUUUCGAAUGUUAUUGAUACGACUGAGAAAGAGGUGCAUGAACUUGCACAGUGA